UGCAUGAGCCCUAAAUUAGAUGUUUUUGCGUUUUUUUCCACUUUGAGGAAAUCUAGAGCCCAGAAAACUCCACUUCCUUGGCACCAGAUGUGUUACACUCCCCACAAUGUUCCUCACACAGGAGUAGGACAUGAGAAUACAUGUAUCCGUGUACUUCUGGCUUUUCCUAUAGGUCUCUGGCAUGGACUGUGCAUUGCUGUGGUAUCAGGUCCUGUAAAUCAGUGACAUUUCAGUUGAGACCAGUGAUCCUCCGCCCGCUCCACACCCAGAGCACACACCUUGCGUUGCAGCUGAUAAAAACAUUGCCACAAGCCGUCUCAUACGUCUCCGCCUCUUCUGCAUUUGGAUUGGCUAAAACACACGUCAAUCACUCUCAUCUUCGAAAAGGUCCUUCCUCCCGUCUUCUGUCACCGUAUCAGCCAAUCGCCUGAGGCUACGGAGUCGAAGACGUCAUCGGUUGCUAAGAGAAAUCCAACGUGCGAGCUGUCAAGCUAGCGGCCUCAUUUCCUUCCCGCCUUUAUCCCACGUCACAGACAGCGAGUCGUUACCGACACGGCUGCAUUGUUUAUCUGUGGCGUUCUAACGAGUGGACGUGCAGUUCUGACUCCACGGAGUGCUCUCCUCCUUCUAGCCUGCCCUGGCUUCUGGGCUGCCGCUGACGUCAUCAGCCGGGCCUUUGACGCGGAGUGAUCCGCCCUCUUCAGCCCCCCUGAGUUCUAAGAGGUGAAGCGGCUGUGGCGGAGUGUCACUUAAAAGAGAUGAUCUGUUGUGGUGUUUGAGGGUGGGUACAGAUUGACGAAAAGAAGUCCGCUGGGUCCUGCUGAGAGAACCGCUCCAGGUGCGGGCUGGGAAGGCGGAGUGUGUGUGUAUCCAGCAGCAGGAGGGAGGAAUACAUUGUAGCACACGGGAGGCUCGGUGACAGUGUACCAACAGGAGCACAUUGGGUUUUUGGCUAAGAAUUUGAAGCGUUAGGCUGCACGAGAAAGCAAUUACGGAAAGCUGCUGACCAUGCGUUAGAAUUCUGGAGGCUGCCACCUUUUUGGAAUAUAACAUUUAUUGUGGAUUGUGAAAGGGAAAGAAAGCGACAAUGGGGAGGAAGAAAAUCCAGAUUACGCGGAUAAUGGAUGAACGGAACAGACAGGUCACAUUUACCAAGAGGAAAUUUGGGUUAAUGAAGAAGGCCUAUGAGCUCAGUGUACUAUGUGACUGUGAAAUUGCACUGAUUAUUUUUAAUGGUUCUAACAAACUGUUUCAGUAUGCGAGCACUGACAUGGAUAAAGUCCUUCUCAAAUACACGGAGUACAAUGAACCACACGAGAGCAGAACCAACUCUGACAUUGUGGAGACUCUCAAAAAGAAAGGCUUAGAUGGUUGUGAGAGCCCAGAUGCUGAGAGAUACUUUGAGGAGGAGACAUUCACCAAACUAAAUGAAGAUAGUGAUUUUGUUUUCAAGCGAGACCCUGCACUGAACAAGAAGGAGCACCGAGGGUGUGACAGCCCGGACCCAGACAGCUCUUAUGUCCUUACACCCCACACGGAGGAAAAGUACAAAAAAAUUAACGAGGAGUUUGAUAAUAUGAUGCGCAAUCAUAAAAUCUCUCCUGGACUACCGCAGCAGAACUUCUCCAUGUCUGUGACUGUCCCAGUGAGCAAUCCCAACCCACUGCCCUACAGUUCUCCUGGUAACACGCUUGUCACUGCUUCAUUAGCUGCCAGUACCUCGCUAACGGACACGGGCAUGCUGUCCCCGCCCCUGCACCGGAAUGUGGCUUCUCCUGGGGUGUCACACAGGCCCCCGAGCACUGGAAAUGCAGGUGUAAUGUUGUGUGCAUCUGACAUCUCUGUGCCAAAUGGUGCUGGUGCCAGUCCAGUAGGUAAUGGGUUUGUCAACCCAAGAGCUUCUCCAAGCCUUCUAGGACCAUCUGGUGGCAAUGGAUUGGGAAAAGUCAUGCCCACAAAGUCUCCACCACCUCCAGGCGGCAAUUUGGGCAUGAACAGUAGAAAGCCUGACUUGCGUGUAGUCAUACCUCCUUCCAGCAAAGGAAUGAUGCCCCCUCUGACAGAAGAAGAUGAAUUAGACUUGAAUACCCAAAGGAUAAGUAGUUCCCAGUCGCAGCCUCUUGCUACUCCAGUCGUUUCUGUGACUACUCCGAGUUUGGCCACACAGGGCCUGGUGUACUCUGCCAUGCCAACUACCUACAAUACUGAUUACUCUCUCACCAGUGCGGACCUGUCUAUUCUUCAAGGGUUUAACUCCCCAGGAAUGCUGCCUAUAGGACAAAUGUCUGCCUGGCAGCAGCAUCACUUAGGACAAGCAGCCCUCAGCUCUCUUGUGGCGGGUGGGCAAUUAUCUCAGGGUUCAAACUUAUCCAUAAGUACCAACCAAAAUGUCAACAUAAAGUCAGAGCCAAUAUCCCCUCCCCGUGACAGGGUCACAUCAUCUGGAUUCACUCAUCAACAGCAGCAGCAGCAGCAUCAUCAUCAUCAACACCAAGCCCGUCCAGAAAUGGGGCGAUCACCUGUGGACAGCCUAAGCAGCUCCAGCAGCUCCUACGAUGGAAGUGACCGAGAGGAUGUCCGGAAUGAUUUCCACUCCCCUGUCGGUAUGGGACGGAAUUCCAAUAAUGAUGACAGGGACAGUCCCUCCAUGAAGCGCAUGAGAAUGGAUGCCUGGGUGACAUAGAGACCACUUCCCCCUCUUCAGUGGCAAAGUCCCCAGCAUAUCACAAAACUUUUCCAGAGGAUGCAAAACCCUUAUAUAUAAGCAAAUCUAUAUAUAAACGUAUAGAGAGAAAGAAGUAUGUCACACACGCACAAGGGCCAUCUUUUGUGUGUUUCUGUGAGCUCGCUUGUGUUUGUCACAAAUCAAUCAGGUACCUGCUGCAAUGACUGUACACAGACCUACAACUUUAUCUGGCAACGUGGCACGUGGCGUGUGAAAAAGAACUUCCUUUUCUGGAGGAAAAAAAUAAAACCUUGUGUGUCUAGUACUGUACCAGAUUCAGACUGCAAUAGUAAAGGGGUGUUAGGGUUGGGGGUAGUGAGCUGCUUCUCCCUCUAGUGCAGUGCCGUGUUGUAAGACCCUUUACCACCUCAGCCGACUCUCUCUUAUAUAAUGGGGUCCUGAGGAAACAAAAGAAUAGCAAGGCAGUUUGUGUGUUUGGCACAGAUGAGUUAAAGACGUGGCUUUGUAGCAGGAAUGAAAGCAGGAAACUAAAGAAAGCAAUACUGUAUAUGACAAUGUUUUACCCCUCACAACCAUGCCUAGAUCCCCUCACAAAUGGAGAACAUGAAGGGCUUAAGCCACACAAUCUAUUUUUGCACGUGCAACACAAAAAAAAAAAAUGUACAAGGGAAGAAAAUGGGGGUUCAGCUUCUAAAGUGUGUGACUUACCGGAUAAAUGAAUAUGGGGGGGGAGGGGCAAGCAUGAGAAUUUUUAUUAUUAUUUUUUAUUUUUUAAAGAUCUAUACGCCUGCAGGAGGCAUUAAAAAGUAAUAUAUUAAGUUAUAAUUGGGAUAUGUUUCAGAGCAUUUCUUUUUACAUUCAUACCUUGAAGAACAGAUAGAUAAGUGAUUUUAGCUUGUGUAUAUUUUAUAUUAUUAAGGAAAAAGAAUAAAUCAAUACCCUUAUGAAUUAAUGACUAUAUAUAAAGUUCUAUACUUUUGAAUAUGUUCCGCAAUGAAUUAUUUAUAUAAACCAAAGCUGUAUGUUUGAGCUUCUUUUGUAGGCGGUAGCUCUAAAUGGUUAUUUCAUGAUUUUUAUAGUUAUUUUGUGUUUUUGAGGUUUUUUUUUUUUUUUUGCUUUUACUGGUAAAACUAAAAGUAAAACUAAGAUAAAUAAUAAUGCAACGACUACAGAGAGAGAAACAAGCCAUGCUAUACUUAUAUACUUGUAUGUGUAAAUUAAACUUUGAGCCAAACUUGUUAUUUGUAUAUAGCAUCCUAAAUAUUCACCACAGGGUGUAAGUACCAAUGUAUUGUAUGUUCACCAAAUGAAAUCUUUAACAAUCGGACUGCUGCCAACUUGAACAGAAAAAGGCAAUAUCCUAGUAGAAGAGUAUUCAAUGUGUAAUGUACAGUUUUGUCAGAUAUGCUGUAUUCCCCUUUGGGUAUUAAUUGCUAGUACUGUUACUGCACAGCUCCAGUCUUUUUGGAGAGUUGUAUAAGAUUUUGUUUUUGUGCGAUUCACAGUGGUGUGGUUUAUUAUAUAUAUUUUUUUUAUCUAAAUGAGUUCACAGAUGCUCCAUAUGCAGCAAUGUGGCAAAUAAUCAUAGGGAUCAAGUCCUAGAGAAUGGCGUAACUGUAUAAUUCUACCUUAUUCAGCAAUGUUUAAUUGGGUAAUGGGAGGGUGCACAGGAUCUUGUAAUCUGAAGGGGGUGGGCAAUAGCAGAAGACAGGACGACAUAGCACAGGGGGCAUUUCACAACUUGGUUACAUAGAACAUUAAGGGGGGUUGUCCAGGAUUAGACAAAAAUAGCUGCUUUAUUGCAAAGACGGCGUGGCAUCGGUCUGUAAGUUAUUUGUGGAAUGAACAGGGUGUGGCACUCUGUUUGCAGCUCCUUUAAAGGGGGUUUCCAGGUAUUCAUGAGGAUGACCUAUUCUCAGGAUAGGUCAUCAUUAUCAGGGGGGGGCUAAGUCCUGGCACCCUCACCGUUCCAACUGUUACAGGGAGCCGCCAUGCUCCCCAGAGGUCUAUUGAGCACAGCUGGCUCCUGGCAGCUCUCCAAGCAGUGUUGUACAUUGUAUAGCGGCUGUGCUUGGUAUCGAAACUCACUGCAUUCACUGCAAUGUAGAGGAGUUGCAACUUAGGCCAUGUGACCGUUUACGGUGUCGCCACAUGACCUAGUAAGAGGCCGCAGGGGUUGGGAUUGGAUCAAUAUAAAUUGCUGGGUAACCCCUUUAAUCCCUAAAGUGUGGUUUCCUACAGUUUGUUUUUUCAAAAGUGCUGCAUCAUUUUAUUUUUUAAGCAAAAACACGAUAGUCAGAUGCCGGCAGUAGUUGGGAUAGGUUGACAUGUGUGCUAAAUGGGUUUCCAGUAAAAUGGCAGCUUUUGGCCAGACGCUUAUGCCGCAAAGAGGACAGAUCCUAUUCUAGUCAAUAAGAUCCGGCAGUGAACAGCAAAGGUCCCAUGCGGUGAACUCUGGCAGGCUGUUCUUUGUCGGAACAGCUGGCUGGAUCCAUUUAACAGACAUGUAAACACUGCCUUUUUUGUAGUGUCGUUUUAAGACUUUCUUAGCAAUUUUAAAAUCGUAGCAUGCACUAUACAGGUCUGGUUUUUUUUCCAGACAUUUUCCCAUAGACUUUAUUAUAGAAAAAAAGUUGGGGGAAAAAAAAAAAUUGAAGGUCAUGGUAUUUUUACAAGCCAUAUAUACGUCAAGUAGCAUAAUAAAAGCCAUAGUCAUCUAGUGUGAAUAAAGCGUGUGCUGCAGGUUAUUUCUAUGGAGAAG